UUCGGCGAGACCACGCCCCUCCCCACCGGCCGCGCGCGCCCCUUCCUCCGCGGCCCCAGCGAAGGCGCGGCCGUCCCGUUCCUACCCGCGUCCCAGCGCCGCCGGGCCCCCUGGAGCCGCCCCCCCCGCUUCCGAGCAGCGGCUGGAGCCUGGGAGCCUGUGCGGCGCGGCGGCCGGGCCGAGCGGGGAGAUGAACACGGUGCUGUCCCGGGCCAACUCGCUCUUCGCCUUCUCUUUGAGCGUGAUGGCGGCGCUCACCUUCGGUUGCUUCAUCACCACCGCCUUCAAGGAGCGCAGCGUGCCCGUCAGCAUCGCCGUCUCCCGGGUCACGCUAAAAAAUGUAGAAGAUUUCACUGGACCUAGAGAAAGAAGUGAUCUGGGAUUCGUCACAUUUGACAUUACUGCAGAUCUGCAGAGUAUAUUCGACUGGAAUGUUAAACAAUUGUUUCUAUAUUUGUCUGCAGAAUAUUCAACGAAAAACAAUGCUCUAAACCAGGUGGUCCUUUGGGACAAGAUCAUGUUGAGAGGAGAAAAUCCAAGGCUGUUCUUAAAAGACAUGAAGUCAAAGUACUUUUUCUUCGAUGAUGGAAAUGGUCUCAAGGGAAACAGGAAUGUCACUUUGACUCUCUCCUGGAAUGUUGUACCAAAUGCUGGCAUUCUACCUCUUGUAACAGGAUCAGGACAUGUGUCUGUACCUUUCCCAGAUACCUAUGAAACAACAAAAAGUUAUUAAAUUAUAAUACUGAAUCCUAA